GUACAAGGUCACAACCCAAACCCGUUUUCUCUUUACAGAGGGUAAAAUGAUACUCAAGAACGAAGCAGUCCAAGAAACAAGUGCAUUAGCACAAAGUUUACAGGCGUCACCAAGGUCGUGCAUAGCGAUUCGAAUCAAGGUGUUAAGAGCCAGGAAUGUAACUCAAGGAUGGUAUGACUGGAUUGACACUCCAGAUCCCUAUCUGAUGAUGAGAAUUCCCACCUCGCCUGAAAUGGUCAAAAGAACAAAAUGCGUGUCAAACAACAAGAACCCUGUGUGGAAGGAAGAACCGUUCGUGUUCCACAUUGAUCCCGAACAAGAAAACGUUUUAGAGCUUACGUUGUGGGAUGAAGAUUACGAUGCUGAUGAUCAGAUUGGCGAAGCAGUAUGCUUACCACUGAGAAAUAUAAGACUCGGUAUACCAGAGUCAAAAACGCUAACAUUUGGAGAGUAUUCUGAGGUUGACAUCAUCUUAGAGGCAUCAAAAGUUUCUGAGCAAUAUUCAGACCUGCGCUACAGUACGGAUCUGUGUGACGAAGAAAAAGAAUUUAGGGAAAAGAGAAAAGCUAUAGUGUUUGAAGCCAUGAACAAAAUGCUGGGAGAUCAAGGCCCACAAACCAUGGAUGAGGUUCCUACGAUAGCCGUUCUUGGAUCAGGAGGAGGUUACCGAGCCACUACGGGAUUUAGUGCAGCUUGUCGGGCUCUGGACGAGAUGGACCUGUUAAACUGCGUCACUUAUCUAACUGGUUUAUCCGGUUCUGCCUGGGGUCUGUCACUGUUGUAUUCUCAAACUGCGGGCGAAAACAUCGACCCAACGGAGACCCAAAAGAAUAUCAGGGAACAUCUUCAGUGGGGACCCAUGUGGCUACUUACCCCCAGGAGGGUAAUGCAGUACGUUAAAGAGAUCACCGAGAAAUGGAAGAAAGGCCAACCUGUCAAGCUUACGUUGUGGGAUGAAGAUUACGAUGCUGAUGAUCAGAUUGGUGAAGCAGUAUGCUUACCACUGAGAAAUAUAAGACUCGGUAUACCAGAGUCAAAAACGCUAAAAUUUGGAGAGUAUUCUGAGGUUGACAUCAUCUUAGAGGCAUCUAAAGUUUCUGAGCAAUAUUCAGACCUGCGCUACAGUACGGAUCUGUGUGAUGAGGAAAAAGAAUUCAGGGAAAAGAGAAAGGCUAUAGUGUUUGAAGCCAUGAACGAAAUGCUGGGAGAUCAAGGGCCACAAACCAUGGACGAGGUUCCUACGAUAGCCGUUCUUGGAUCAGGGGGAGGUUACCGAGCCACUACGGGAUUUAGUGCAGCGUGUCGGGCCCUGGACGAGAUGGACCUGUUAAACUGCGUCACUUAUCUAACUGGUUUAUCGGGUUCUGCCUGGGGUCUGUCACUGUUGUAUUCUCAGACUGCGGGCGAAAACAUCGACCCAACGGAGACCCAAAAGAAUAUCAGAGAACACCUUCAGUGGGGACCCAUGUGGCUACUUACCCCCAGGAGGGUAAUGCAGUACGUUAAAGAGAUCACCGAGAAAUGGAAAAAAGGACAACCUGUCAGCUUGACAGAUUUUUAUGGUCAUUGUGUUGGAGAGAGUCUACUGGGACCGAAAAAGAAUUCAGUAAAGCUGAGUCAUCAACAAGAGAAAGUCCGAGAAGCAGCCGUUCCCAUGCCGAUAUACACCGCUAUUAACUCCAAACGAGACGUAUCAGCACAGUCUCUUGCAGAAUGGGUGGAGUUCACUCCCUAUGAGAUCGGAAUGGAUAAAUAUGGCACAUUCAUGAGGACUGAACUGUUUGGAAGCAAAUUCUUUUGCGGAAAACUUAUCGAGAAAUUCCCAGAAUCUCCGCUCUACUAUCUGCAAGGAAUCUGGGGAAGUUUUUACGCCAUUCUUUUACAGCGAGUCUUGAAAGAAGACAAACAGAUAAAAUCAGAAGAAGACAAAGCACAUCCCAUCAGCGCCUUCUGUGGACGCUAA